ACACAUUUGCUUUUGUAGCUGCUUUCUGCUUUACUUAUCUGCCUUACAUCUUCUUACUUUAACUUCUCACUACACUGUUUCCCUCCAGAGUGGAGAGAUGAGAGGAGAGCUGUGGGACUGUGUUUUGUUGAGAACAAUAACUGCAGCAAACCUUUGAAGAAAAUUGUGAAAAAGGGAAGAAGGAGCACUGGCUAAGAGGUUUUGUUUACUCUUUUUUUCUUCUUCGGGGGCGCAGAGGUUGUCCUCCAGAUAAUGAGGAUGAUCCAAAGCCACACACACUGAGACUUUAAAACGGACAAACUAGCUGGACACUUAACAACGGAGAAAUAACCCAAGGAAAAAGGGAUUUAAAAGAAGCCAUUAUGAACGCCACAGAAUACCAUGGACUGAUCCAAGGCUACCACAACAGGAGCCAAACCUCAGGCAAUUUGCCAUUUAACAAAGACUUAUCAGGAGAGGAAAAAGACUCAUCUUCUGGAUGUUAUGAGCAGCUGCUUAUUUCCACUGAGGUUUUCCUCACUCUGGGCAUCAUCAGUUUGCUGGAGAACAUCCUGGUUGUUGCUGCUAUAAUCAAAAACAAGAACCUUCAUUCACCUAUGUACUUUUUCAUCUGUAGCCUUGCGGUUGCUGACAUGCUCGUCAGUGUCUCUAAUGCCUCAGAGACUAUUGUUAUAGCACUCAUCAAUGGAGGCAGCCUGACCAUUCCUGUCACACUGAUUAAAAGCAUGGACAAUGUGUUUGACUCUAUGAUCUGUAGCUCUCUGUUGGCAUCCAUCUGCAGUUUGCUAGCAAUCGCCAUCGACCGCUAUAUCACCAUCUUCUAUGCCCUGCGAUACCACAACAUUGUCACCCUGCGUCGUGCAAUGCUGGUCAUCAGCAGCAUCUGGACGUGCUGCACCAUUUCCGGCAUCCUGUUCAUCAUCUACUCGGAAAGCACCACUGUACUCAUCUGCCUCAUCACCAUGUUCUUCACCAUGCUGGUGCUCAUGGCAUCACUCUACGUCCACAUGUUCCUGUUGGCUCGCCUGCACAUGAAGCGGAUCGCAGCCCUACCGGGCAACGCUCCCAUCCAGCAGCGUGCCAACAUGAAGGGUGCCAUCACCCUCACCAUUCUCCUUGGGGUAUUUGUGGUAUGCUGGGCGCCCUUUUUCCUCCACCUCAUCCUCAUGAUCAGCUGCCCAAGGAACCCCUACUGCACCUGCUUCAUGUCCCAUUUUAACAUGUACCUCAUCCUCAUCAUGUGCAACUCUGUCAUUGACCCCAUCAUCUAUGCUUUUCGCAGCCAAGAGAUGAGAAAAACCUUCAAAGAGAUUUUUUGCUGCUCACAUGCUCUGCUGUAUGUGUGAGCUGCCUGUAAAGUGUCCACUGUGAACCCACAGCCUGCAAUUUAAAUCGAAACCUGGCCAACAUGGACUCUGAGAGUAUGAUAUCUCACAUGUUGCCGGUAAAUGAUUUAUUUGGGCACCCAUCUUUGGUU